AAGCCGUAGCAGAAACAGCAACAGUAUAACUAACAAAAAUGUAUGGCAAAUCUAAAACCUCAUCGGUGCCUUCAGAUGCUCAGGCCCGUGAAAAAUUAGCUCUGUAUGUGUACGAAUACCUGCUACAUGUCGGAGCACAAAAGGCAGCACAAACGUUCCUCUCCGAAAUUCGAUGGGAAAAGAACAUCACACUGGGCGAGCCACCGGGCUUUUUGCACACAUGGUGGUGCGUAUUUUGGGAUCUGUACUGUGCCGCCCCCGAAAGACGUGACCAGUGCGAUCACUCAUCAGAGGCAAAAGCCUUCCACGAUUAUGGAUUUGUCAGUUCGGGCUAUGGUGUAAACGGAAUUGGCCCUGGUGGUCCACACAGUGCUGGCGGUCCAGCACCCAGUCCUUUAGGCCAGAUGCCUCCAGGAAGUGAUGGUCCGAUGGGACCGGGCGGCCCAAUGGGUGCAAAUUUCUUCCCCAGUUCAACGAUGAGACCUUCACCGCCUACACAUGCGUCAAGUCCACAGCCUCCACCAUCACAGAUGAUGCCGGGACAACCGCCAUUUAUGGGCGGUCCACGAUAUCCAGGUGGUCCCAGACCAGGCGUGCGUAUGCAAGGAAUGGGUAAUGAGUUCAACGGACCUCCUGGCCAACCUAUGAUGCCCAAUAGUAUGGAUCCAACGCGGCCGGGUGGCAUGGGUCCAAUGAAUCCUCGCAUGAAUCCACCCAGAGGACCCGGCGGUAUGGGCGGUCCAAUGGGUUAUGGCGGACCUGGAGGUAUGAGAGGUCCAGCGCCCGGUCCCGGAGGAAUGCCACCGAUGGGUAUGGGAGCUGGCGGCCGACCACCUCAAUGGCAGCCGAAUGCGACAGCGCCCAUGAACGCGUAUUCAUCAUCGUCACCGGGUAAUUAUGGUCCCGGUCCAGGCUCAAAUGGUCCUCCGGGACCGGGAACACCUAUUAUGCCAUCACCACAAGAUAACACACAAGCGGGCCCCGGCGGUCCUGGCGACAACAUGUAUUCACUAAUGAAACCCGAAUUUCCCAUGGGCGGUGGACCUGAUGGGGGAGGCGGUGGUCCCGGCGGCAUGGGUCCUAUGGGUGGUGGUCCAAAUUCAAUGGGUCCUGUACUUAAUGGCGGAGCGGGCGACGGCACCGGUCUCGAUGGUAUGAAAAACUCACCGGCCAAUGGAGGACCUGGAACGCCACGUGAAGAUUCCGGCAGCGGUAUGGGUGACUACAAUCUCGGCGGCUUUGGUGGACCUGGUGAAAAUGAUCAAACAGAAUCGGCGGCUAUAUUAAAAAUCAAAGAGAGUAUGCACGAAGAAGCCAAAAGAUUUGAAAAAGAUACAGAACCCAACGACUAUUUCAUGCAAUAACCGCCCGAACAAACCAACCUCGUACAACAACCGCAACAGCCACAAACAACAACAGCAGCAGCAACAGA